AUGCCUUAUCCUGAAAGUUUUAGCGGCUUUCAGGCCCCCAGCGCCGACAAGUGGCUUGAUUUCGAGCAGACUUCAUGGGCGCCGCGUCCCUUUGGCGACAAUGACGUCGAUAUCAAAAUCGAAUGCUGUACUGUGAGCGCCGACGACGUGCAUACGCUCCGUGGAGAGUGGGGAAAUGUGCCGUACCCGUUAGCAGUAGGCCAUGAAUUCGUUGGAAGGGUCAUCCAGGUGGGAUCCAAGGUGACACUCACAAAAGUCGACCAGCGUGUUGGUGUUGGGGCGCAGGUGUUUUCCUGUCUCAAAUGCCGUCAAUGCAAGAAUGACAACGAAACAUACUGCAAGGACCAUGUUAUGGCCUAUGCUGAGCAGUAUCCCGGCACCAACCACAUCACUCAAGGUGGCUGGUCCUCUCAUGCUCGGAUCCACGAGUAUUGGGUUUACCCCAUUCCAGACAGCCUGAUCAGUAGCGAUGCAGCACCUAUGAUGUGCGCUGGUGUCACAGUUUACAGCCCACUCAAAAGGUUUGGCGCUGGUGAAGGCAAGAAAGUCGGCAUCGUCGGUAUUGGAGGCCUAGGCCAUUAUGCAAUCAUGUUUGCAAAGGCUCUUGGCGCUGAAGUUUGGGCAAUCUCAAGGUCUCGUGCUAAAGAGAACGAUGCGCGACAGAUGGGGGCCGAUGGAUUCCUCGCCACGAGCGAACAAGGCUGGAAUGAGUCGCAUAAAAUGACUUUUCACCUCAUCAUCAACACUUCGAAUUCAUUUGACGGCUUCCAGCUGAGGGAAUACCUGAGCCUUCUGGAUGUACACGGGCACUUCAACUCAGUCGGAGCGCCUGGUGGGGAUGGCGUCCUAGUACGGCCCUGGGACUUCAUUUGGAAUGGCUGCUUCAUGGGGACCACGAACAUGGGUAGCCGCCGUGAGAUGCUUGAGAUGCUCGACCUGGCAGCCACUACGGGUAUCAGGUCGUGGGUCGAGACGAUACCGAUCUCAAAAGAAGGUAUUCAAAAGGCGAUAGAGAAGUUGCAGAGUAGCAGCGUGCGUUACAGGUCGUGCCUGGUAGAAUAUGACAAGGCAUUCGCUGCUUGA